CCAAUGAGUCUUCUCUUCCUAUUGGCCAAGCAGUACGGAGGCGCGAGUUACUGCUCGCCCGCCGGGUUCUAAGGAGAUUCGGUCGCUAUCAUGUUCUGUGAGAAAGCGACCGAACUCGUUCGAGAGCUAUACCGCGCGAGCGAUGGGCAGCUUCCUGCCUUCAACGAAGAUGGGAUCAGACAAGUACUUGAAGAGAUGAAAGCAUUGUAUGAACAGAACCAAACUGAUGUAAAUGAAGCCAAAUCAGGUCAUAAUGAGUUGAUUACAACAAUCAAAUUUCGCCAUUGCUCUCUGCUGAGAAACCGAAGAUGUAUUGUUGCAUACUUGUAUGACCGCUUACUUCGCCUCCGGGCACUUAGGUGGGAAUAUGGUAGUGUCUUGCCAAAUGCUAUCCGAUUUCACAUGUCAGCGGAUGAAGUGCUUUGGUUUAACCAAUAUAAAAAGUCUUUGGCUACCUAUAUGAGAUCAUUAGGAGGAGGAGAUGGCCUUGAUCUUACACAAGACAUUAAACCCCCAAAAAACUUGUACAUUGAAGUUCGGUGUUUGAAAGACUAUGGAGAAUUUGAAAUUGAUGAUGGCACAACAGUUCUGUUGAAGAAGAAUAGCCAGCAUUUCUUACCACGCUGGAAAUGUGAACAAUUAAUCAGGCAAGGAGUUCUGGAGCACAUCCUAUCAUAAACUGUGUCUACAAGACUGCUGAAAUACAUAAAUAAUACAUAAAUAAUAUUUUCGCAGAUUUCAAAAUAGGGCCAAAUAGCAUAUUUUCUCCAUUGAUAAUCUUCUUUUUGAAAAACAUAAAAGUUUAAAGUUACUAUAAGAAGCACACAAAUAAUACUUUGUGAAGAGGAAAAAAUAAGAUACACACAAUCAUUUUAGAAGACCUUUCUCCAAAAACAAGUAAUUGUCUUCAUUCAUUGUCUCAAUUGCUACCUUUAUAUUUGGAUAUCUUUUUGGAUUAAAGUUACUUUGUUUUGGUCCUCUCUAGCCUUUUUGUAUUAAAAAAUAUAUCAAUGGACCAAAUGCCGUAACACUC